AUGAAUAGUAUUAUACACGCCGUUUCGGCGGUUGCCUGGUGGAUACUCCUCACGGGAUCCUGGAAUUUAUCAGCUAAUGCAUAUCUACUUGUACCAGAUCCACCGCUAGCCGAACAACUCACAGCAGAGACUUACGAGGAAUUCCUCAAAAGCACUGACAAGACUGCAAUUGUGUUCGCAUAUCCUUCAGCAGCAGUAUUCGGCCAAGCAAGCAUUAUGGAGUUCGCCGUUGUUACCAAGAUGCUGGAAGGUAACACCAAGUGCAAAUUGGGUAUGUACCAGAUCAAUUUGACCAUCAAUUCACCAAUUGAGAUGAUGAAAGCAUCACUGAGUUACCUAAAAGAUGGUGAAUUGGUAUCAAUGCCAGGAGAGGUCAACAAAGUCGCGGGGAUCAUGUCAUGGAUCACACGCGAACGUAUUUGUGAUAUGCGUCUACAGUCUAUAGACUCUGCUCGCUACUACCUACGUGCUCUCGAAAGAGGACAUGUACACACCCUGUUGAUUAUGCGCGAAGGAUACCAUGACCCAAAGCUGGAAAAACAAAUUUAUGAUACUAUCAUGGACACAGGGUUGAGCACACCGUUCAUGGUCGCUGAUAGAGAUGAUAUCAUCCGACAUACCUUCAAGACACAUCGUUUGAGUGAGGACGCUAUGAUGCCAGUAGGAUUGAUGAUUACAAGAAACACAUCAAGGCAACAUCCAAUCAAGUUCCUAUAUGAGAACCUUAACGAUAUGGAUGUAGUACGUGAUUUCCUCUUCAAGGAAUUGGUACCACCAGUACACGAUACCAACUCGUUCAUGCUUAACGAGGUCGUGAAGAUGCAUAAAACUAUGGUAUACAUCUACACCAAAGAAGAUAACCUAGAAGACUACAUCGACCUAGACUGGCUCAACAGCUUCGCAUUGGAAAACAAAGACAAAUUCAUAUUCAUUCACUCUAAAGGUGAUGACACCGUUGAAGAGAGGUUGAACCAUCUAUUGGUAAUCGACAGUGAUUACGUUGAAACGGCCGUACGUGCCUUUGAGCUUCACCCAGAAAAAAUGGAGUUCGUUAAGUUCAGGCCACUCGACCUACCAGAUGGCACACUUACACAAACGCACUUGAUAAAAUUCAUCAAUGAUCUGCGCGAAGGAAAGAUUAGGCAUUUCGUAAAAUCUGAAAUGGCUAUUCCUGAAAGUAUUGACGUCGGUCAUGUUAAAACCAUUGUCGGAGAGGACUUCCACGGGCGUGUCAUAGAUUCCGACCGUGAUGUGCUCAUGUUGUUCUUCUCACCGUGGUGUGGUCACUGCCACCAGGCCAAACGUGUCUUCCGGGAACUAGGCCGUCGUCUACAAGGUAUCGACUCAGUGGUUGUUGCUAAGUUUGACGCUUACAACAACGAGGUGGAAAACACUACCUUUACCGCGUACCCGACGAUACUAUUGUACCAACACGGAGCGAAGCACAACCCUAUCGAGUACGUCGGCGAGUUGACCAUAGAGGCCCUCGCCAAAUUUUUGGAAAGCGAAUGCAGGAGGGAUGUCGUCAAAUCAAGCACUAUAUUAGAACGCGAGCUCGAACACGAGCAGCUGUUUGAACGCCACACCGAACUUUAA